UUCGAAAGCUUCGCUCUAAACUCAGUAUGGCGACGCGCUACGUUAACGUCGCAUCGACGUUGUAGAGAAGGAGCUAAAACCUUAAGUGACAACAUUGGAUUAAUAUAUUAUCAUCAGAUUAAAAAGAACUUCUUGUGUCAAUUAAAUUCUAAGGAUUUUGGUGUAUCGGAAAUUUAUGCGAGAUCCUUUAGCGGGAAAAAAGUUGAUUGAAGUUUUAAAAGUUUUUUGAAUUUCGCGCUCUGUCAAAAAGUUGGACUGUAUUGUAAGAAACUUUUGACCGAAAGUUUUUUUUUUUUGGAGUUUAAGUGGACUGUAAGUUGGAGUGUUGGGAGAAACUUGAAAGAAAAAUAUUUUUUUGUUUGAAUUUUCUUGGGAUUCUUUGAGUUUUUUGGACUUUGUACCUGGAGAAUUGGACGUAACAUCAACUUUUUCUUUAUGUGUUCUUUCAAAUGCUGGGAUAUACUUCCUAUAGGGAUUGGUCUCCGGGUGGACUCAGCACCCAGCAACAGUUGUCCGUCGUGACCACCGUGUGGGGAGUAACCACGUCCACGCAGUCGGGCCCCCACGGGGCUUAUACAGGGGCAGGGGGCCCGGUACCGCAGGGAUCCUACGCCAAAAGUCAAUCCACAACGGGUUACGGAAGUCAAGGAAACUUUAGAGGCCAUGGACUGAACAACUACGGCCAAGGCCCAAAUGGCAUGAACCAACCAGAUCCGAGUGGCGGUGGAUAUCCAAAUCAAGGAAACGCCCUCUCGACAGCUGCGAUGGUUGCUGCGGCCACAGCAACAGCUACAGCUACAGCUAGCGUGGUAGCGUUACAAGAUAACGCGGCUCAAUUUGCUAACCAGCAAUACAACCAGAGCUACCAGCAAAGGCUGAUGCCAAUGAACGGAAUGAAUCCAAUGAGCAUGAAUGGUAUGAGCAACAUGAACCAAAUGGGUGGUAUGCACGCCAUGAACGGUAUGGGUAACAUGGGAGGCAUGGGACCGAAAAUGGGCAUGCCCCUGCAAGGUCCAGGUGGAGCCGCUUCGAAUACGAUGUAUCCUAAUAGAAGGAUGGCACCUUAUCCUUCACCUGCCAUGCAUAUGACCCAAAAGAGGGCGGGACAAAACUACUCCAGUGGUCCUAUGGGAAAUCCUGGAAUGGGCCCUGGUAGUAUGGGCUCGAACAUGGGAUCGAUGGGACCUAGUAUGGGUCCUAACAUGGGUCCUAAUCCAAUGAAUCCUAAUUUCAAUCCUAAUAGUCAAUACGGUAGUUAUGGUACGCGGCAGCCUAAUUUUAAUCAGUAUCCUACGCAGCAAUCCUUAGGGCCUACGGGUAACUUUGGCCCAGGGCCAGGCAAUAUGGGGCCAGUAACAAACUCCAGACAAUUACGGGGGGCGACGCCCCCAUACACUAACCAAGGACAGUAUUUUAACGGUUCCAUGAACCAAUUUCCUACAAACAAUUCUGGUCAGUUUAGUAUGAAUAAUUCGGGGCAUAGUGUUCAAGGACAGUACAGCUCAUCCAGCCAGUUCCAACAAGAUGUAGCAAUGAGAAACAACAUGAACUACCAACACAGUCCUAUUCCAGGAAAUCCUACCCCACCUUUAACCCCUGCUAGCAGUAUUCCUCCUUACAUUAGCCCAAAUCCAGAUGUUAAGCCUAAUUUCAAUGACCUCAAGCCACCCCUACCACAAAAAGACGAAGAGCUGAGGCUUACCUUUCCAGUACGAGACGGUAUUAUUCUGCCACCCUUCAGAUUAGAACACAACUUGGCAGUUAGUAACCAUGUGUUCCAACUCAAGCCUACAGUACACCAAACACUAAUGUGGCGGUCAGAUCUUGAAUUACAACUCAAGUGUUUCCAUCACGAAGACAGACAAAUGAACACAAAUUGGCCUACCAGUGUUCAAGUGUCUGUAAAUGCUACUCCACUAAUGAUUGAUCGAGGUGAAAAUAAGACGUCACAUAAACCUUUGUACCUCAAAGACGUUUGUCAGCCCGGAAGGAAUACCAUUCAAAUAACUGUGGCAGCAUGCUGUUGUUCUCAUCUAUUCGUCCUACAAUUAGUACAUAGGCCUAGCGUAAGAUCGGUAUUGCAAGGUUUAUUACGCAAAAGGCUACUGACAGCUGACCAUUGCAUAACCAAGAUCAAAAGGAACUUUAGCAAUACCAAUUCCGGUCCAAAUGAUAGAGAUGCAGUGGAGCAAACAGCGUUAAAAGUUGCACUAAAAUGUCCAAUAACAUAUAAGAGGAUAACAUUGCCCGCUAGAGGGCACGAGUGUAAACAUAUACAAUGUUUUGAUCUCGAAAGUUACCUUCAGUUGAAUUGUGAGAGAGGCUCUUGGAGGUGUCCUGUAUGCAAUAAACCAGCACAAUUAGAAGGCCUAGAAGUUGACCAAUACAUGUGGGGCAUCCUCAAUAAUUUGGCAACAAGUGAUGUUGAAGAAGUUACUAUUGAUAAUCAAGCUAACUGGAAGGCCGCCAAGAGUGGAAUUAAGUUGGAGGAUGAUGGAAAUGAAUCGUGUUCAUCAAAACGCAUGAACAAAGCCAUGUCACCGGGUAGUAUGACGUUGCCUACUAUGAACAAUUGGGACAUGCAGGCAAUGUCACCAUACCUACCCCCAGAUAUGAAUAGUAUUGCUAGUGGGUCGAUGAUAAACGGAAGUCAAUAUAAUGGAGGCAAUGGUUUGGAUGGCAACAGUUUGGGAUCAUUUAACAGCUCAAGUGAUUAUUUGGGAGGUAACGGUCCUUUGUCGCAUCUCAGUGACAGCGUCAACUCUCUAGAUCCUUUAAAUGCGAUGGAGAAGAGCUUAAACGAACAGAUGCCUCACACUCCUCACACACCACAUACACCCCAUACGCCGCACACACCAGGUGGAGCGACGCCGGGUAGUGCCCACACGCCUGGCGGUGGUACCACGGGUCCCCCGAGUGUACCACCAGCUAGCAAUGACCACAACAAUAGCGGUAGUAGCACGAACGGAAAUUCCGGAAGCAACAAUGGAAAUGCUUGUGAUAAUAGCAUGCCAGAGAUACCCAGCGAUUUGAACUUUGAUCCAGCUGCUGUCAUAGACGGCGAGGGUACUGGACAAGAAGCACUGAAUCUCUUACCAGACAGUGUGGAUCCGAUGGAAUUGCUCUCCUAUUUGGAUCCUCCCGACUUGAACACGCCGCCAUCAAGCGGUAGCAGUUCGGGUCACAACAACACAUCCACAAACGACGACAUAUUGGCCCUGUUUGAGUAAAUAGUUCCUGAGAGCUCCAUUUGUGAGUGAAAUUUUAAAAUGUGUGAUAUAGACUAUGAUGCGAGUGAAAUCGGUAACAUUCUUUUUGUUUUUGUCCCUUUUUCGUUGAGGAAUAUGGAUUUCAAAAGAAAAGUAUUAUAAUGCGCAAACAAACAUGACAACUAAUCGGAAUAAAAGUCUGCAUAUUUUUGAAUUCCAUCAUUUGAGGAAAAAGUGAGACGAAGAAUGUGAAAACUGAAAUAUGAAGUUUGAUCUUCAAUUAAAAAUAUAAAACCAGAAAACAAUGUCUAAAUCAAACUAUUCUAAAUUACCCUUGUACAUUUUGUAAAUAAGAAAGAAAAUUUAUUGAUAUAGAAUUUAUCUAUAAUAAUGAAUAAUUUCUUCUUUUUUUUUUGGCGGGACAAUGUUUUGCUUUGGCUGACUCAUUAUUGUUCCCUACUUAAAAUAGAAUCAAAAUAACAUAGUAUUAAAAUCCUUUUGAGUUCUUUUUGAACAUGACCUGUAUAUACCAUAUUGGUAAUUUUAUAUUCCUAUUAUUUUUAUUAUAAAUUGAAAUUCAGCUAAAGCAGAAACAAAUUUUGCGGCCAGUUGUGUAGAAAAGAAAAUAAUAGUAUUAACAAUAUAAAACGAGAAAGAAAAUAUAGAGGGAAGUACAAAAUUCUAUAAAUGAAUUUGCCCAAAAAAAAAACCCAUUUGUGAAUUCUGUACUUGCCGCUGUGUUGAAAACUUCUUAGUAGAAAAUUUUUCGAACCAAAAUUUUAUAGGUAUUAGGGCCACCUAGGGCCUUUUUACAUAAAUAUAAAAAUUGAUGUUGCAUUGUAACGUAAGCUUAAAGUAUAUAAAGAAGUUCUUAUUAUUUUUGGAAAUUUUGUGAACAUGUUAUAGACAUUUUUUUUUAAAAAUCACCAGGGACAAUUAAAAAAAAUAAUAAUAAAGAUCGAAUAAAUCAGCGAACCCAUGUUUUUAUCAUCAACGAUUUUAUAAUAAUUAAUGUUACCCUGUCAGGAAAAAAAGUUACAUUGAGGCGUAUAAUUAUUUUGAGCUUAAGGUAAAAUUAAGUGCACCCUUAAACAUGGUGCACACUUUAACAGUUAUGUAAAAUGCAUUUUACAUAAAUGUUGCAGAACUCUGCAAACUGUGAUAUUUAACACUUAAUUAUAAGUACACUUUUACCUAAUAUAAUCGAAACUAUAUAGGUAUGUUUUGUUGUGUGAAAUUUUACACAAAAUAAUAAUUAUAAGUUUAUAUUUAGCGCGAGACAAGAAUCCUGCUAUGUUUAAAUGAGGCCUCGUUUUUUUUUUUUUGAUGUAGAAUUUUAAAAAAAGUUUAAUUUUCAAUGUGAUAAAAAUAUAUUUUGGUAAAAAUAAACUUUUGAUGUUUUAUUUUAAGUUUCCUUUAUAUGUCUUUGUGUCCGUCUAUAUAAAUGUCUUUUGAAUAAAACGCUCAAGCUCAAUGAUUAAUGUUUUUUUAUGUUGGUAUUAUUUUGGUCCUUUAAAAAGGACUACUAGUAAGCAAUCAAAGCUUAAUGUGAUUUUUACAUACAUACAUGUAAAAUGCCAAAUUUUUACUUUGUAAUUUUAUACAAUAUAACUCUUAGGUAUAUAAUGUAAAAUUACAAAAAUAUGUGUUCACUUUGCAAUUUGUGAUAAAUAUAGUAAACAAGCAAUCAAUAUAUGUGUUAAAUGUUACUUCUAUAGAAAAAUUAAUUAAUAAUUAUUCAGUACAAAAUAAUAACAGAUAUAAUCUUGAGCUUGGGCGAGUUUAAGUAAAGUUCCUAAAAAAAAUUAUUUAAGCUUAAAUAAAAUGGUUCACAAAAUUUUCAAAAAAUUAAAACAAAAAGAUAAAAGCCAAGAAACUUAACUUAUUCUAAAAACAUUUAGGUAAAUACAAAGUUUUCAAGAUUAUAUUGAAUGUAAAUGUGAGAAAAAUGAAGUGAAAACUUAUAGAAAAUUUACAAGUAAAUAAUAAAAUGACACCAUGAGUAAUAGAUAAAAUUGCUUCCAAAAAACUGUGUAACAAUUAUUAUUAUAAAAUUGUACAUAUAAAAAAAAUUUUUUCCUCCCGAUAAUGCUCUUUGCCAAUAAUUGCUGUAAUAUUUGUUUCAAUUUUUUCGUUUUCUCGACGCAGUGGAAAAAAAUGUAAAAGUUUCACUUCAAUGUAAAAUACAACUGCAAGUUUUUUAUAAGAGGACCAAUAUGUGUGUAAUUUUCUCUUUUAAGUUGAUUUAUUUGUGACCAAAUUUUACAUAUCAUUUAUUUGUUUUUGGACCAAUUUUAGAAGUAUUAUUUUGCAAAAAAAAAAACAACGUAGAGUCAAUAUUAAAAAUGAGAGCUGAUUAUUGGCAAAUUUGAAAAUAAAUGAAAGUUUUUUUUUUUAAUAAAAUGUUUUAAAAAUUUUAGAAUAAUUACUAUUGAAAGAAUGUAGAAAAAUACUGUAAAAGUUUUAUGUUGAAAAUAUUGUAAAUAAAUACAUCUGUAAAUUUCUUUAAAAUAUAAAUUACAUAAAUGGUAGUUUUAUUCUUUGAUGAUUCCGUAAUUUUACACGAAAUAUUUUGGAACGAAUUUUUUUAACAAUAAUUGCGACAAGUUACAAUAUUUGGUUACACACCAAACAUCCUCAAUUCAUUAUGUGUAGUUCAGCGAUUUAUAAAUGUACUGUAACCAGAUUUUGUAAUUUCCUGCAAAACUAUGAAAUUUCUUGAAAAACUGUUCAGUACAAAUUUUGAGGUUUAUUUUUAACUGAAUUUAGUGCAGAAGUUAUUUAUAUACUUUUUACAGAUUUUUUUUGUUAUCAGUGUUUUUGUGCAAUCAAUAAAAACCGUAGACUGAGCGAUA